AUCCGCUUCCUGUUGACAACCAGGGAAGUUACAGGGAUCAGACUUUUUGGAUAGAGGUCACUGUCAGUUAAUAAAAGAGCCCGGCUCCGCCCCACUCAGUAUUCACUAGUCUCAGACCUCACACUGUUCAUUCACAGCGGGUGUGAUGGAGAUCAGCUUUGCAGGGCGCCGGGCUCUUGUCACCGGGGCGGGGAAGGGGAUCGGACGGGAGACGGUGAAGGCUCUGAAGGCGGGGGGAGCAGAUGUGGUUGCAGUGAGCCGGACAUCGGAAGACCUGGAGAGCCUGGCCCGGGAGUGCCCUGGAGUAGAGACAGUGUGUGUAGACCUGGGUGACUGGUCAGCGACAGAGGCUGCCCUCAACUCGGUGGGUCCCAUAGACCUUUUGGUGAACAACGCAGGAGUUGCUUUGCUACAGCCUUUUCUUAAAAUUACACAGGAAGCAUUUGACAGGAGCUUUGCAGUGAAUGUAAGAGCAGCAGUUGUAGUAUCACAGAUUGUCGCCCGUCAGAUGAUUGAACGGGGAGUGCCUGGUGCUAUUGUCAAUGUGUCCAGUCAGGCAUCCCAGGCAGCAAUAGCAGAUCACGCUGUCUACUGUGCCACAAAAGGGGCCCUCGAUAUGCUAACUAAGACUAUGGCUCUUGAACUGGGACCCAAAAAGAUUCGUGUAAACUGUGUGAACCCCACAGUAGUAAUGACUGACAUGGCACGCGUGUACUGGAGUGAUUCUCAGAGAGCUGCAUCAAUGCUUAAUCGGAUUCCUAUUGGGCGCUUUGCUGAAGUGGAUGACGUGGUGCACAGCAUUCUCUUCCUGCUAAGUGAUAAGAGUGCCAUGAUCACAGGGUCCUGCCUCCCUGUGGAUGGGGGAUACCUUGUCCAUGGACUUCCAGCUAGUCAUCCUUAUGUGGACUGACCACUUGCCUGGCCUCCCAGUGUCUCCGUUCUUUAAGUGCCAGUGCUGCAUAAGUAUGGAAGAUUACAGCUAGAAGAUAACUUUCCAGCAAUACGGCUAAUGAUUAUAUUUGUUGAUCUUUAAUCUGUUCAAAAUGUGUAGAGUAAAUCUGAUUAAACGUCAUAAAAACCUAUAUUUGUACAUCAAUAUUCCUGCGUUACAGUUGCAUCAAUAAACCAUUGCCCCAAA